UAUAGCGCUGGGUUACUGUUUAACAUCCCCACCCUACUUUGAGUUUGUUUAGUAAAUCGAUCUAAUGACAGGGCUAUGGUGGCGCCAUCCAAUGUGUUGCUCCAUGAAUUAUAGGCUGCUCGGCUCUCCAACCUUCCCUUUUAAUGUUGUCGAAGACCUUUUCUAUAUUCCCAUUCUUAGUGAACUUAGACUAAUGUCACACUGAGGGGCUGCUCACUACCGGAGUACAACAAUACACCUGGAUAAAUGCACAUCCCAGACGGAAAAAGAAAGACAGACAGCAUGCCGACAGAGAUGAGCCUGCCUGGUGCAGACGGGGUCAGUAGUAACUGUGCCAUCUGUGGCGACAAAGCCACAGGGAAACACUAUGGAGCCUCCAGCUGUGAUGGCUGUAAAGGCUUCUUCAGACGCUCCAUACGCAAGAGCCAUGUCUACACCUGCAGAUUCAGCAGACAGUGCGUUGUGGAUAAAGAUAAGAGGAACCAGUGUCGUUUCUGCAGACUCAACAAAUGCUUCAGGGCUGGCAUGAAAAAAGAAGCUGUACAGAACGAGAGAGACCGGAUCAGCUCCCGGAGAAGCAUACCUGACUCCCAAGACUUGCCGCCCAUCACUAUUUUGGCCCAAGCACAAUCAAUGUCCCAACAGAUCACUGCAACAGUUGGAAUAUCAGACAUAUCCGAGCAGAAGUCGGCCUCUGUUGGGGAUGUUUGUGAUUCUAUGAGACAACAGCUAUUGGUGUUGGUGGAAUGGGCCAAAUAUAUUCCUACCUUUGGAGAACUGCCACUGGAUGAUCAGGUGAGCUUGCUCAGGGCUCAUGCAGGUGAACACCUCUUGCUCGGGGUUGCCAAAAGGUCAAUGCCAUUCAAGGACUUCCUGCUUUUAGGUAAUGGCUGUGUGAUCCAUAGAAACAGUCCUGAGCCAGAGAUCUGUCGGGUCGCCAACCGAGUGCUGGAAGAGCUGGUCCAGCCCUUCCAGGAUAUUCAAAUAGAUGACAAUGAGUAUGCAGCACUCAAGGCUAUUGUCUUCUUUGACCCAGAUGCAAAGUCUUUGCGGGACCCAUCAAAGAUCAAGGCCAUGCGUCUGCAGGUCCAGAUGAGUCUGGAGGACUACAUUAAUGAUCGUCAGUAUGACUCCAGGGGUCGUUUUGGUGAGCUGUUACUCCUUCUCCCCACCCUGCAGAGCAUUACCUGGCAGAUGAUCGAACAGCUCCAGCUGAUUAAGCUCUGUGGCCUGGCCAAGAUAGACAACCUGCUGCACGAGAUGCUGCUGGGAGGCCUUACGUCAGAGCCCACAAACCUGCACCACCCAGUACACACCCAGCUGGCCCAGGACCCUGUGACCGGACACACACUUGUCAUCAGCACCAUGCCUGUCACUCACACUCCGCUGAUAGCCUCUCCAGACACUCCCAUCCCAUCGCCCCCUCAGGGUCCUGCCCCAGAGAAGUACAAACCCUUUCCCCAGCCUCUUUGUCCUCCAGACAGCCCCUCGCCUUCCACACAGAUAGAUCUCUGACUUCUCCCUCUCUAUCAUAGGCUGACAUAGGAUCAGUUUCCCUUUCCCCUGCUCAUCAUCCCAGCUGUGGUAUAAAAAUUGUGAAAGAAAAUCCCUGUUCAGUGUAUGUGGUUAGACUUUACCCUGUUUUUUUUUUUGACCGUCUUGCUUGAUUGGGCAUAAACGUCACGAAAAUGCUGUGAGUCCCUACGGUUCUUUAUGUACAGUCUAUCACUCGUGCAUGUCAAAUGAGAGUUCUGAGUAAUUCUGUGUAAAUGUACGAAAUAUCAUCUAAUCAUGAAUUUCAUAG